AUCCUAUAUAUCCUUUUAAUUGUGCUUCUGACGUUCGAAUAUUUUGAUUGUGGAAGAGUUCACAAGAUUCCAAUUAACUUAAAUCAAAGGGAAAUGCGUUACGCUAAUGGACCAAGUUGUAGCAGUGGGUCAAAUAAUCCCAAAAAGGUUCCAGAGAAAAGCAGUAGCAUAGCGCAGAAAGCAGCACAGGAAGCCAAAGCUGCUUCAGAAGCACAGAAUAUUGCUGGUCAGCAAGCCGCACGUCAAGUGAAGACACAGCUUGCAGAGAAAGCAGUACAGGCAGCAAAAGCUGCGGAAGAAGCGCUGACAGGGAAGAAAGUCAUAGUAGAUCAAUUACAAGAAGAAGUAAGGGAAGCACAAUCAGUCGUUCAAGAAGAGUCCUCAUCUCUGGAGCGAGAACAAUCUAAUGUUAAUGCUGCCCUACAAGCAGCUCGUCAAUCUCAAGAUCAGUUAAAGACGCUGACACACGCGAUGCAGACGGCUAAGGCGAACGCAGCGAAUGCCCAGGCUGCCGCAAACGGGGCCCAAAAAACUUUACGAGAGAGAGAGGAAUUGGUUGAUGCGGCAAAAAGGCGGAUGGAGGAAUUGUCAAAUCAGCUGAGAGCUGCUAGGCAAGAGCUGGCCAACACGAAUCGCGCCGCAGCUAAGGCGAACGCAGCGGCGAACGAGGCGAAAGCCAAUGCUAGCAGAAACAAAAGGCGUUUGGAAAAUAUUCGUAGGAUGAGGACCAUGAAAAGGUGA